AUGAUGAAGACCGAGUCACCUCCCCGGAACCAGGAGGGUUCGUCCCCCUCGUCCGGGUUCACGCCCAUCAACCGGCGGAGCGUGGAGAAAGAGAAGGCAAGUGUUGGCACCUCACGCAAACGCAACGGUCAAUCCCACUCGACAUCCCCCAGCCCCGCGCCCAAAAAGCCCAAAACCGAGUGCUCGUCAGCUUCCUCAUCCUCCCAAGCCACCACCACCGACUCCGGCGAUGAAUACAAAGCGGAUGAAGAAGACGCCGAGGACGAGGACGAGGACGAGGAUGCAAACCUCACAAGCACCAGCACCAGCACCAGCGACGAGGCCACCCCGGAGUCCAAGUCCAAGCCCAAGUCCAAGUCCAACGCUAAGUCCAAUGGUAACCCCAAGCCUAAGCCCAAAUCCACGCCCAAGAAGCAACAGCAGCAGAAGAAGAAGAAGCCUUCUAGUAGCCCCAAAAAACCACCCCCCAAAACCCCCACAAAAGCAACACCAGGGGAAGGGACAGGAACAGGAACAGGAACAGGGGAAGUCACCCCCAGCAAGACCCCGAAGACCAAACUGCCCCCGAUCCCGACCACCCUGGCCGCGGCCACCGCCUCGGACCGGCUGAUCCUCGUCAUGCGCGACGACCAGAACAGCACCUGGGCCGAGAUCAACGCCGCGUGGAAGAAGGUCACCCACCUGCCCGUGGGCCAGUCGACGCUGCGCAUGCGCUACAACGCCAUGAAGGCGAAUUUCUCGGCGCUGAGUGCGGAGGAUGAAGAACUGUUCCGGCGGACGAAGGAGACCGUCGAGGCGAAGUUCGCGCAGGAGAAGUGGCGGCUGAUUGCGGAGCAGAUGGAGGCGACCGGUCAGAAGAAGUUUCCGGCGGCGGCGUUGGUGAAGAAGUGGAAGGAGUUGGAGAGGCAGGGUAAGGGGUCGGUUGGUGCUGCUGGUGCUGGUGCUGCUGCGACUUCUGUUGCUGCUGCGGCGAUGCCGGUAGGUAAAGAUGGAACCUCGUCUUCGGGGGACGCUGGGGAGGAUGAGGAUGAGGACGACGACGGUGAGGAUAAUGGCGCUGAGAAUGGUGAAGCUGAAGCUGACGAGGUGGACGUGGUGUAA